AUGGCAAGAUUAAGUGAAGUAUUUCAUUUUAAAAUUCUCAUCAUUGGUGAAUCAAGUGUUGGAAAAAGUAGUUUAAUGACUCGUUUUGUUGAUGACACAUUUCAACCAACAUUUUUUCCAACAAUUGGAGUUGAUUUUAAAGUUCGAACAUUAGUAAUUGAUGAUCAUCAAUGCAAAGUUCAGAUUUGGGAUACCGCUGGUCAAGAACGAUUUCGUGUAAUAACAACAUCUUAUUAUCGUGAUGCAGCUGGUGUUUUAAUAGUUUAUGAUGUUACUAAUGGUGAAUCGUUUUCUCGUAUUCGUCGAUGGGUAGAUGAAAUAAAUAAAUAUUGUGAUGAUAAUAUAGCUAAAGUACUUGUUGGCAAUAAAGAUGAUAAUCCAUCAUCAGAUGGUAAUCAUAUACAAAAAGUUGUAUCAACAUCUGAUGCUCAGCAAUAUGCACGUCAAAUGAAAUUAACAUUUUUUGAGACAUCAGCAAAAGAUAAUAAAAAUGUAUAUGAAGCUUUUUAUGCUAUUACACGUUUAGCAUUACAACAACGUUUAGAAACUCGUGUAAAAGCACAAGCAAUGCAACAUAAUAUGACAAAUGGCGUUACAACAUCACAAACUGUUCGAUUAAAAUCAUCAAAAAAAUCUAAGAAAAAAGAUAAAUUCCAUAGUGGAGCUUGUUGCAAAUAA